AUCACCACUACCUCCAACUCCACAGUCCCUCACUCUUUCUCAUAUCUUACCAAGACCCAUUCUCAAUUCUCAAUCCAUAAAAAGACAAAAUACGAAGCCGGACCUCCACCGUGGUUCACCAUCGUUUCUGGAGGCGGAUGCGGCGGCUCCGGUGGGUUCCGUUUGUACAACCAUGAUCUCCGGCGAACCAAAUAUCAGCUAAAAGGUGGACGAUAGCAGCAUCUGGAUUUACAUCAGCAAUUGGGUAGCCUAUUUCUGGCGUUUUAAAGUGAACCCAGUCUCGAUCUAGCGUUGCAUGUGCUAGUCUAGACCCGAUUUGUGUUCACUAGAGUUUAACCAUAAGCUUCCAACCUCCUUUCCGAUUUUCUACCUACAAAUUCUUUUUUCCAGCGUUUAACGACAUUCCCGUCAUAGUUGUUGUGGAUUCUGAUUCUACGUGGCAUCAGAAUCCACUAACAACUGGAAAGUUUUCCGGCGAAACUAACGGUAUGUGACGACAGUGUUUGUGGACCUGUAUCGGAAAAAGGGCAAUUCUGGAAUUUUAAACAAAUGGUAAAGUUGUAAUUCACGUAGCCACCGACCAGUCUUUUUAAGACGAGUACGAGUAUAUAAUAUAUAAUAUAAUAAUAAUAUGCAACUUGCAUUGCAUUGUAUUCCCCUCUUAUAAAUGUGAGCCAGCCCAUGUAUCUGUUCUUUGGUACAAUUCACUUUAACAAGGUUCCAUUGACAAGGAGAAUGAAUACAAUUCCCGGACUGAUUCAUAUUCCCUUCAAUUCUCUAGCCAAAAACACCUUCAAAUCUCAAACUACUCUCACUGUUUCCGUUUUCGGACUCAAUGAGGGCUUACAUUUUACCACAAACAAUGAAUCUCAACCAACUUUAGCUAAGCAUUCUUUACUUGAAACAAUAUUUACCACACUUGAUAAUGCUAUCAUCAAGUUUCUUGAUCCUCCGCUUCACCUAUCCGUCGACCCAUGUUACACGCUCACCGGUAACUUUGCACCCGUUGAUGAGAUGAGCCCGACCGAAUGUGAGUUGGUAUACGGGUUCCUUCCUCCAUGUCUAGACGGUGUGUACAUACGCAACGGACCAAACCCACAGUUUAUUCCUAGUGGUCCACAACACUACCUCGACGGGGAUGGAAUGGUUCACGCGAUUAAGAUCUCUCAGGGUCGAGCCACUUUCUGUAGCCGAUACAUCAAGACCAACAAGUACUUGUUUGAGAACCAACUUAAAUCCUCCAUUGUCCCAAAUGUUAUUGGAGGUAUGAAAGGACUCGCUCCAUUUGUUGCGCGCGCAGCGUUGUUCUGUGCGCGAAUUGUUUUGGGGCAAUACGAUAUUGGCAAAGGCAUUGGUGUUGCGAACACCAAUGUAGCGUUUUUUGGGGGGAGAUUGUAUGCGUUAUGUGAAUCCGAUCUUCCAUAUGCACUCAAAGUUAAACACAAUGGCGACAUAGUAACCUUAGAUCAGCAAGAUUUCAAAGGAAAGCUUUCUAUGAACAUGACCGCUCAUCCGAAGAUAGACCCUGACACUAAGGAAGCUUUCGCGUUUCGUUAUUGGGCAACAUAUCCUCAUAUGACUUACUUUCGCUUCGACGCAAAGGGAAAUAAGCAAAAGGAUGUCCCUAUUUUCUCCAUGAAGGAACCCUCUUUAACACAUGACUUGGCAAUCACUCAAAAGUAUGCAAUCAUUUGUGAUAUUCAACUCGGAGCGCAUCCUAUGAACCUGAUCCAUAACGGAAGCCUUGUUAGUGUUGACAAAACUAAAGUUCCAAGAAUCGGUGUUCUUCCACGAUAUGCAACCGAUGAGUCCGAUAUAAAGUGGUUUCAAGUGCCGGGGUUUAAUGUGUUUCAUAUGGUUAACGCGUGGGACGAGAGCGAUGAAUUUGGCAACGAUGUCUUGGUGUUGGUGGCGCCGAAUAUAUUUUCACUUGAACAUUUCUUGGAGCGGGUGGAUUUGAUCCAAGCAUCCAUGGAGAAAGUUACUAUUAACUUUGGGACAGGGGUUGUGUCUAGGCAAACUUUGUCUACUGAUAACAUGGAAUUUCCUGUGAUCAAUCCAGCCUAUAUUGCAAAAAAGAACAAGUACGUUUAUGCAGCAAUUUGCGAGAAAACACCAAUAAAAUCAAAGAUGAUGAGGACAAUAGGAGUGGCAAAACUCGACAUUGCAACAUCAGAAGAAGGCAACAAAGAACCACACAAGUACACAAUGGCAACUAGGAUGUAUGGAGAUAAUUGCUUCGGGGGUGAACCAUUUUUUGUCGCAAGAGACCCCGAGGAUUCGAACCUAGAGGAGGAUGAUGGGUAUUUGGUGUCUUAUGUACAUGAUGAAAGCUCUGGUGAAUCAAGAUUCUUGGUGAUGGAUGCUCGGUCACCGACUCUAGAAGUUGUGGCCGCUGUCAAGCUACCGCAACGGGUGCCUUAUGGCUUACAUGGGCUAUUCAUCAAAGAAAAGUACUUGAGUUCAAUGUGACAAUCCUAAGUUAUUGUAGUUUACCAUUUUUGGAUUAUUUAUUGUAGUUAAGAACAUGUUUAAACGUAGUAAACAAAUCGACAAAUUUAAUAACAAAGACCAAAUUAUUGUC